CCCGUUAUAGUUGACACAACACUUGGUGCGCCAGUAGGCAACAGUUGUACGCGUUCUAGUAAACAAAGCAAAUCAACGGUCGGAGACAGCCUACUGUAUCCUGUAGCCUGAUCUUUCGAGACGCUGCGAGCAAAAUAAAUAAUCCUACAGCCUACCCAACUUUACAGACCAAGUGAACCUGAAAGUGAAAGACAACCCCCCUUCAAUUGCAUCAGCCAUCAUAAGACCCAUCAUGGAGGUGUCUCAAACGGUGGAAACAGAGGAGCUGAUGACCUGCCUCCAGAUCCAGCUCUACCACCCCCAGCAGGCCUCCAGGGCUCUGUACUGCAUGUUGCCUCUGGACACCAGACACAAGCACCAGGCUGAGGACCCAAUGAGGCUGGGUAGGGAUGCCCAGGCCUGCACCUUCGCUCUGGCCGACCCCCGGGUCUCCCGCAAGCAGCUGUCCCUGCAGGCCUACCGCACCUCCAACAGCCCGGACAUGAUAUUUUCUGUGCAGAACCUGAGCCAGAAGGUACGCAUGAAGGUCAAUGGGUCUGAGCUGGGGUUCCUGGAGAGGGCAGAGCUGCCAGAUAAGGCCCUGAUCCGGUUCGGGGAGUACGAGAUGCUGAUACGCCGUGAGAAUGGAGAGGCGAAGGGGAGCUUUGAGGUGGAGUUUGGGGUGCUGGCAGUGCCCCCUUCCAGAGAGAUGGGCAUGGGCGUGCCAAGUAUGAUGCCAGUCAUGGACACAGGCUCAGACCUUUCAACAAAUGGCAUCCCACCACUCAUGAGCCAUGGGCCAAUGGAGAUGGAUGAGACAAUCAUGUACCAAUCAUGCACUGCACUUUCAUAGAUUAGUUUUACUACAAACAUUCUGAAAUUUUAAUCAAACUGUUGACUGUAUGUGGCGCCAAGCCAUUACUACCUCAAAUGUUGGUUUUAUAUUCUCCAUUAUAUCCCACUCCAAGUGUUAUUCAGACUGUUACGUUAUUUUAUAAAAUGUGAAACUAAAGCUUGUGAAUAUGACCCUUUUUCAUGAUACCCAAAUAAGAGCAAGUAUCAGAAUUCAAUGAAGGAUGGGGUUAGGGUGGGGAAGGAUACUGUUUUGUCAGUUUUGUAAAAUGUUGAUUAUAAUAAUAAAACGGUUUUAUUUGA